UCUUCAUGUGGCCCACAGGGUAAAGACUUUUCUCCCCUUUCUCUUUGGCGCAGCAACGCAUCCAAUCUCACUAGACACACCUUCGCCGUAAAACCAAGUUGGUUUUUGUUAUAUCUACACACAGCAAGAGCAAGAACAGACAAGAUUAUUCAUCAAAAAAUGGGUGUUGGUCGACAAGUAACAAUAUCAUUAGAUGGAGUUCGAGACAAAAACAUAAUGCAAUUGAAGAAACUCAACUCUGUUCUUUUCCCUGUUCGUUACAAUGAUAAAUAUUACGUUGAUGCUCUUGCCUCUGCUGAAUUCACCAAACUGGCAUACUACAGUGACAUCUGUGUAGGUUCAAUUGCGUGCCGUCUGGAGAAAAAGGAAGGAGGAGCUGUUCGUGUCUACAUUAUGACCCUUGGUGUUUUGGCGCCAUAUCGUGGGCUGGGUAUUGGUACUAAGCUCUUAAAUCAUGUUAUCGAUCUUUGCGCCAAACAAAACAUCAGUGAGAUCUACUUGCACGUGCAGACAAACAAUGACGAUGCUAUCCAGUUUUACAAAAAAUUUGGGUUUGAAAUCACUGAUACCAUUCAAAACUACUACACAAAUAUUACUCCGCCAGAUUGCUAUGUUGUUACCAGGUUCAUCACACAGGAAACGAAGAAAUAAUUACAGAUGCAAUCUUUAAGUACUGUCUUGUGUCCAAUGAGUUUGGUCACUUUCUAAUGAAGUCUGGACAGAAGGUCGAUGUGAAAAAUCCCAAGUUAUUUGUCAGUAUAUUCGAAUUUGCAGCUGCUCCUUUGUUCAGUAGUUCAGUAUCUUUCUCUAGUUGGAACUAGUUGACUUGCUAUUUUUUAACUGAUGAAGUAUAACAGCAUUGAAGUUAAAAGUUUGCAGAAUGUAGGAAAAACAAGGGGAAAAGGUGGCCUGGAUGCUUGUUUUGGAUAUGUUUAUGCUUAAGUUUUAUCUAAA